UAGUACAUUUUCGCACUGUACAUGUGCACCAAAUAUUUUGAUUUGUUUUGUAGUUUAUUUACAUUGAUUGCUGAAAAUUGAUCAAAUCUGACUGAAAAAUGAACGUCAGCGAGGACUUCCAGCCGGUGCCCACGCGAGCGGCCUUGGCGCUAAAGAAAAAGCAGGGAAACAGCGAUUUUCAGGCACUGGUCUUCCAAGAACCACAGGCUGCCGCAAAAAGUGGUUCCAAAAACAAGGAUGAAGGAUCCAAAUCGGGAGCCCAGAAGCCCCACAAGACCAAGGAGGCGGGCAACGAGCUGAAUCCCGAGUUCGAUAUCAAGAAGGCACGCCACGAGAUCCUCAACUUUGCGAUGAAAAACCAACGGGUGAUCAAGAAUAAGACCAAAAUGGAAAUGUUCCAGCUGGUCAAGCUGGGCGCCAAGCCGCUGCGCAAACAGGCCAAGAACUACAAGGAGCUGAAGGACGAGCGCCAGCGGCUGAAGAACAUUCGCGAGGAGCGCAAGAAGUUCCAUCAGUUGGGCAAAAACCAGGCGGGCGCCGCCAGCGUUAAAUGCCGCAGCAAAUCGCAAAAGGAGCGCAAUGACAAGAAGCGGGCGCCCGUUUCCCAGAUCGAUCAGCACUACGGCAAGGCGCAGCCCAAGUUUAAGACGAGAAAAUAGCUGUUUAAUAGUAUGAUAAUAAACCUAAACUAAGAUGAA